UCAAAUUUACUUUUCAAAAUCUGAAAGGAAAAAAAAUUCAAAAUCCUUCCACUGGAGAAAUUUCCUAUUUUCAUAUGUUUAAUCGAGAUAUUUGAAGAGUAUAAUCUAAGUUGUUAUGUGGCUGCUUCCUGGAAGAUGCCAAUGAAUUGAAUUUGGUGGAACUUUCAUUUCUCUUUUAUCAUCUUCACAUUUCUUCUCUUUCAAUCAUUCUAAGUACUUUCACUUGCAAACCUCUCUGAAACCACAUCCUUUGAUUCCUUUGGUUUGCGCCUUACUUGCCCUGUCACAAAUCUCUCGGAAACUAGUUCCCCUGAUUUCUUCAGUUCGCACCCUGGUUGCCCUGUUACUUUCUCUGUUUUACUUUCUUUAUUUCAGAAUCUUUUUGCCCUAUUUCUAAUUCUUUAUUUUCUUCUAUUUCAAUAUUUCUGAUUUCUUCAAAAAAAAAAAAGCCUUUUUGCUUUCAGUUGUUUCUCGAUUACUAGAAAGAAUUAUCAUUUCUCGUAUUUAUUGUUAAUUUCGGCUGUUGUAUUUUAAUUUUUCAUUUUCUUUACUUCUGUUUUUCAAACCUGAAAAAAGUUUUAAAAAAUGGCUGAUAUUGCCGGGGUUGUGGUGAGUCCUGUCCUUCAAGUUGCCAAGUGGUUGGCUGUUCCGAUUUGGCGUCAAUUUAAGUACUUGUUCAACUACACUACCAAUUUCAAAAAUCUCGAAGAGGAAGUUAAGAAGCUGGAGUAUACAAGAGAUAAAGUUCAGCGUAAGGUUACUGCUGCUGAAAGAAAUGUGGAAGAGAUCAAUCAGAAUGUUAAGGACUGGCAGAAAGAAGUGGAGAAGACCAUUACUAAAGCAGAGCAAAUGAUUCAAGAGAAAGCGAACGACCCGCGUUGUUUCAAGGGAUUGUGCCCCAACUUUGUCAUUCACUACAGAAAAAGCAAGACAGCUUUUAAAUUAAAGCACGAUGAUAUUGAUCGUCUCCUCCAAAAAGAGAAGGAAUUGAGUCCCAUUUCCAAACCUUCUAAUCCACCGGAUCGCCGGUUUAUAUCUAAUGAAGAUUAUUUGACUUUUGAAUCAAGAAACUCCUUGGUAAAGAAUGUAUGGGAUGCUCUAAAUGAUGAGAAUGUGUACAUGAUUGGUGUUUAUGGGAUGGGUGGUCUUGGGAAGACCACGCUUGUAGAGGAACUUGGUAGGAAAGCCAAGGAGGAUAAGCUCUUUGAGGACAUUGUUUUGGUUGAGGUUUCAGAAUCUCCUGAUGUAAAGAAGAUUCAGACAACAAUUGCAAAAAAAUUGGAUCUAAAAUUUCAAAACGAAAAUGAAAGUGAAAUGGCAGAUAAGAUGUAUUCAAGAAUGAAGGACAACAAUAUCCUUUUAAUUCUAGAUAAUAUUUGGGAACCUCUAGAACUUGAUAAGACACUAGGAAUUCCUCGCAGAGCUGAUCGUGGAAGAAAUAAACUUUUGUUCACAACAAGAAACUUAGAUGUGUUGGAGAGGAUGGGUUCCACAAAUAAUUUCGGGAUGGGCAUUUUAAAUAAAGAAGAAGCUUGGACCCUAUUCACCAAAAUGGCAGGAAAUAUUAUUCAAACACGUGAAUUGUAUUCUCUACAAAAUGAUGUAUGCAAGGAGUGCGGGGGAUUACCUCUUGUCAUUAGUGCAAUAGCUAAAGCAUUAAGAAACAAGAGUGAUUCAUCUGAUUGGAAGUAUGCAUUACAAGAAUUGAAAGGACUUUCAGAAGUAAAGUAUACAAGAUUCCUUGAAAAGGAGUACACAAAGAUCGCCUUGAGUUACAAAUAUUUAAGUGAUGAACUUAAGAAAACGUUUUUAAUUUGCAGUCUAAUGGAAAAUAAUACUUCCAUUUUAGACUUGUUCAAACAUGUUGUGUGCCUGAAUAUACUUGGCGGAGUUAAUUUGACAAUGGAAGGUGCACGAGAUAGACUAGAUAAAUUGGUUCAUGACCUAAAAGAUGUUUGUUUGUUACUUGACGGGGUCGAAAGCGGCCAAUUUGCUAUGCAUGAUGUUAUUCGUGAUGUUGCCAUAACAUUUGCACAUGAGGAGCACCAUGUGUUUACAACAAGAAAUGGCAUUGAACGAGAUUGGAAGGAUAGAGACAAACUCAAGAAAUGCACAAUGAUCUCUUUACCAAGUGAAAAUACUAUUAUUAGUCAACUUUGGCCUAACGAUUUGGAUUGUCCAAAUCUUGAAUAUUUCAAUAUGACUUAUAUGUGGAACUUUUCUUUUAAAAUCCCAGAGGGCUUUUUUACUGUGAUGCCAAAGCUUAGAGUAUUGAAUUUGGUUCGACUACAACAAACGUCAUUGCCAUCAUCAAUUCAUCAUUUGAAAAACCUUCAAACAUUGUGUUUAGAUAAGAGCAACAUUGAAGGUGUUCCUAUUAUUGGAAAGCUUAAUAAGCUAAAGGUCCUUAGCUUACGAAAUUCUUACAUUAAGGAGUUUCCCACAGAAAUGGGUCAAUUAACUCAACUAAGACUGUUAGAUUUGAGCAAUUGCCGUAAUUUGAAAGUUAUUGCUCCAAAUGUGAUAUCAAAAUUAUCCAAUUUGGAAGAACUUUAUUUGAAGGAGUGCCCUAUUCAGUGGAAGAUUGAAGUGCUUGAGGAAUUGAAGCUCUUGUCUAAUCUCGCUAGUGUAGAGUUGGAUAUUGAAGAUGACAAGGUUUUGCCUGAAGACUUUUUUUCUAGAGAGUUUAUAAGGUACAAAUACAAAAUAUCAGUGGGAAAUUGGUCAUACCAAUAUCCAAGAAUUGGUGAACAAAAGUGUUUGAGGAUAUUGAAAUUGAUAUUCAAUCCUAUCAUCUACUUGGAAGAAUUAUGCAGAAUUAAGAAUGUUGAACUCUUAUGCUUAGCUGAAUAUUUAGAUGAUCAUAAACAUUCAAAAUUCAAUUUGCAGUCAAAUGAAAUCACAUUGCUUUUUAACAAAAAGGUUAUUUUUCCUGAUUUAAAGGUUUUGGUAUUGAUGAAUAUUAUUUCUAGAAAGAUUUGGGACUGUCAACUUCCAUCUUCCUCCUUUGAAAAUUUAAAAGAAUUGACAUUGCGGAGAUGUACAAAGAUAAAAUUUGUGUUUCCUUAUACCAUAACCAAAAACCUCCAGCAACUCCAAUACCUUGAGAUAAAGGAUUGUAUUGAUUUAGAGGAAAUUGUUGCUAUAGAAGAAAUAACAGAAGCAGCUGCCAGUGUUGUCUUUCCUGAAGUAACCUUUUUGGAGCUUGAAAAUCUACCGGAACUUGCAACUUUUUAUCCUGGAAUACAUACUUUGGAAUGGCCAAAGUUGAAAAGGUUGGAGAUGAAAAGUUGUGACAAAUUUAAGAUAUUCAAUUCAGAGCCAAAUUCUUUGUGCUUGGACCAUAAGGUAUGA